AUGUUUCGAUUCAUGAUCAUUGUUCAAGUGUUCAGUGGUGUAUUUAACAUUUUAACAUGUGUUAGUGUAAUAAACGCUGUAAGUUGUGCCAAUUUGAGUGAUACACGUGUUACACAGAACUCACUUCACUAUGGUUUCCACAUUACUGUCGGCACUCCGUCACAAAAUUUUGUCAUGAAUUUGGACACGGGCUCAUCGGAUCUAUGGGUACCGUCCGUGAAUUGUCAAGAUCCUACUUUAUGCAGCGCGAAGGCAACAAAGAGCUCAAGUAAAAGUAUAGAUGAAGAAGAAAGUUUCGCCGGAUUAACAAUCAAAGAUCAAAUAAUCGGUGGAGCUCUCUAUGAACCAUUCGAUUCAUACAAUUAUCCAUUCGAUGGUACAUUUGGUUUUGGAUGGGGUCGUAUUUCAGCUACAGAUCCACUAUCUACACCACUUGACAAUUUAUACAAACAAGGUCAAAUAAAACGGCGAAUGUUUUGCAUCAAAUUACAUGAAUUGAACGACAAACCGGGUGGCGAAUUUAUAAUUGGUGGAUGUGAUGUUGAACUAAAUUACUGGAAACCACUGACGGUGACCGGUUUCUGGCAAAUAUCAAUGUCGAAAAUCGAAGUGAAUACAGCGGAUGGUGUUAACAAACUCACACUUUCCAACAAUAAAAAAUAA